AUGGCCACGUACGGAAUUUCGAGUCCCGCCACCACUUUAUGCAUGUCGGGAUCUAAUCUCCCGCCCGAGACAUCAUUCACGAUAUUAGCGCCGUGUUUGGCUGCUUCCGAGGCGACUUCUGACUUCCCCUCGAUUUCAGGCAAAUCCACAACGACAUCAAGAACCGAGAUCAAACGACUCAGUUCCUGCUCGGGAGAGAGCUUUUCCGCCAUUGGCCGCGUGGAUUGCGCGCCUAUAUCGAUUAUAUCUGCACCGUCGGCCAAGAUCAACCGAGCUCGAUCGACGGCCGAUUUCACGUCGGCGAAUUUGCCCCUGUCGCUAAAGCUGUCGGGGUUCAAGUUGAGAACACCCAUGACCCAUGUUUUUCCACACCAAUCCCGUAAUUCACCCGCGACUGGCAAAACCCUCCUCAUUAUUCCACCUGGGCCCGAUUUCUUUUUCUCCCACGCCUCGAAAAUCCCACCCGAAAAGCCGGACGAGUCGUGCCAAAAUCGGGCCACGUCAUUAUUCUCCGUGUCGUGGCCCAAUACAUCGGUCAAUGGGCCUAGAACAAAAGGCCUCUCCCAGAUUCUCUCGUGUGGGAUCCUGAGAGUUUUGGUCACCGUAGAAGAGGAUGUCGAGGUCGAUUGGGCGUGGGCCGUACCUGAUGCCGGCUGUCCGGCCCAUGUCUUGUUCGAUCUCUUUGAGGGCGUGUUCGAAGUUUCGAAUCCGGUUGCCGACAUUGCUUCCGAGGGCGAUUACGACUUCUUCCUCUUUGGAGUUGACUUCGACCAUGCUUUCAUGAAUUGA